AUGGCAGAGCGUCUCACCUGGCUGGGAACGCCGCGUAGGGCAGUCAGAGGGCUGGAACAUCCCCGCCAUGACUACCACCUGCAGCUUGCCAGCCACGGUGACACAGACCUGGGCAGGCUGCUGCAGAAACCUUUCCCAAAGAAAAUUGGGACUUUGCUGACCAAGGUGUGGGGAGAGGAAGAGCAUCUCCUGUCCAGUCCCAUCAUCUUGGUAGAGCUGCAUGUGAAUGGGAUCACAUCAUCACAAUCCACUCAAGAGGCUUUUAGGAUAGAAUAUGAUACCUUUGGUGAACUGAAGGUCCCAAGUGACAAAUACUAUGGUGCCCAGACUGUAAGAUCUACAAUGAACUUCAAGAUUGGAGGCGUUUCAGAAAGAAUGCCAGUUCAAGUUAUAAGGGCUUUUGGCAUCUUGAAGAGAGCAGCUGCUGAAGUAAAUCAAGAUUAUGGUCUCGACCCAAAGAUUGCUAAUGCUAUUGUAAAGGCGGCAAAUGAGGUAGCUGAAGGAAAAUUAAAUGAUCACUUUCCAUUGGUGGUGUGGCAGACUGGGUCUGGAACUCAAACCAAUAUGAAUGUCAAUGAAGUCAUCAGCAACAGAGCCAUUGAGAUAAUGGGCGGCAAACUGGGGAGCAAAACCCCAGUACAUCCGAAUGAUCAUGUUAACAAAAGCCAGAGUUCAAAUGACACUUUCCCAACGGCAAUGCACAUUGCUGCUGCCCAGGAGGUUAAUGAGGUGUUGUUACCUGGACUAAAGAAGCUACAAAAUGCACUUGAAGCGAAGUCCAAAGAGUUUUCCCAAAUCAUAAAAAUAGGGCGCACUCAUACACAAGAUGCUGUUCCGCUUACACUUGGACAGGAAUUUAGUGGCUAUGUGCAACAGAUUAAAUAUGGUGUGGCUAGGAUUGAGUCAACCAUGCCAAGAGUGUAUCAGCUGGCAGCUGGCGGGACUGCAGUUGGUACAGGAUUAAACACAAGAAUUGGCUUUGCUGAGAAAGUUGCUGCGAAAGUGGCUGAACUGACGGGUUUGCCUUUUGUCACUGCUCCAAAUAAGUUUGAAGCUCUUGCGGCUCACGAUGCUCUAGUUGAACUCAGUGGAGCUAUGAACACAGUGGCAUGUAGUCUGAUGAAAAUAGCUAAUGAUAUUCGUUUCCUGGGUUCUGGACCACGCUCUGGACUAGGAGAACUCAUCCUGCCUGAAAAUGAACCAGGAAGCAGCAUCAUGCCAGGAAAAGUGAACCCUACCCAGUGUGAAGCUGUAACCAUGGUGGCAGCCCAAGUUAUGGGAAAUCAUGUUGCUGUUACUGUAGGAGGUAGCAAUGGACACUUUGAACUGAAUGUUUUUAAGCCCAUGAUGAUUAAAAACGUUUUAAACUCUGCACGACUUCUUGGAGAUGUUUGUGUUUCUUUCACCGACAACUGCGUUGCUGGAAUCCAGGCCAACACAGACAGGAUCAACAAACUAAUGAGUGAAUCCCUGAUGUUGGUGACAGCACUUAACCCGCAUAUAGGGUACGACAAAGCGGCCAAGAUUGCCAAAACGGCCCACAAGGAAGGGACGACGCUGAAGGAGGCGGCCCUGAAGCUGGGGUUCCUCACCUCCGACCAGUUUGAUCAGUGGGUGAAGCCGAAAGAUAUGUUAGGUCCUCAGUAACUCCUUCCAAAAAAAAAAAAAAUGUUCUUAACAUAAAAAA